AUGCUCAAGAUGUUGAAUAAUGUUGAACGAAUAUCGCAAUUAAUACCGAAAUUGAAACAACAGUUGAUUUUCUUAGAAGAACGUGAGAAAUUAUUCCGAAGAGUUGAUGAUGGUUCAAUUUCAUAUGAUGGUUCAUUAUUUAAUAUAUCUACAAUACCUAAAACACCAAUUUUUACUUUACCGAAUGCUCAAACAUCACCUGUUGUUUCACUUAAUUCAAAAUCACCAUCUUCAAUUUAUUUAUCAAAUACAAAUUUGUCAUCAACAAUGGCUAUGGAUAAUUCAACAACUGAUGAAUUUCUUACUGCUGCAGGUGUACCUUCAUCUUUUCCAGAUGUAUAUGAAGUACCUGUUCUACCAAAAGCUUUAUUGAAAGAUAUAGAAGAUGGAAAUCUCAAAAGUUUUGGUCCACAUUGUCAAGGCCGACAAAUAUUAAUCGAUGCAGUAGUUCAUGAUCUGAUUGAAAACUAUAAUUUAUUGGAAGUUAUCUCUUUAUUGGAAUACAUAUACUAUCUAUCAAAAGCACAAUAUAAUAUUGUUGGUUCUGCUCUUGUACGAUGUUUGAGACUACCAUCAACAACAGAAAAUCUAACAAUUUGGAAAGACGCAUUACAAACUAAAUUAAAACGAACAUGUGCCGAUCAUCGAAAUAAUAGUCUUGUUCAAGAAUUUCGAUUAAAAUAUUCCAAGUUAGGAUCUGGGCGACCAGUAAAACAAAAAAGUGGUACAAUUGCUACACGUGAUAGACAUAAACAGAUGGUAAUAAUGCCUCAUAACAAUGAAUUGUCUGAUGAAAUUCAAUCAAAAGUGAUACAAUUACAAAGUUUUUCUCAACUUGAAAUCAGUACUCAAUUAUGUUUAUGGAAAGAAACAUUUAUUUUUCGGCGACAACUCGUACGAGAUCGAUCAACAAGUGAUGUUAUGAAGAAUUUUCCUGCUUAUAGUGAUGCUGUCUUGGUCUUCGAAGAAGUAAAAAUGUUGAUGAACAUUGACUUAAGUAAAGAAGUAAGACGACAACUUCCAGUUUUAUUAGAUAACUUAGUCGAAACUCCUGCAUUCAUCAGCGAUUCACCACCUAUUCGAUUAAUAAAAAUCUUAUGUAGAAAGUUUGGAGAGACGAUUCAACAUAUAUUCUCCGAAAAUGAACCACCAACAGCAUAUCCAACAAUGGUUUCGAUCGAUGAUAUUAAUCAUAUUUAUGUUGACUUCGUUCCAAUUCUUACUACAAAUUCACCAGAUGAUGCUCUUGGUCUUCUUAUCGCAAUGUAUUCUAUCUUUGAAUUAUCAUUUGAUAAAAAGAGUAGAACCACUCGAUUUUUAUAUUGUAUUUUACACGGUGAGAAACAAUUUCUCUCCAAUUCAAUACGAGUAUUGAUAAAGGAGAAAAAUAUUGAUAUUCAUCGAGAACGUCUUCAACUGCCAGCUAUCUCAUCAUAUUCUGUCUCGAACAAUACAACAACACUUACUGGUGAUCAUCAAAGACAGUCACAAAUAGUUACAAAUUUAUUGAAUCAAUCAACUGGUGAACAUAAUUCUUCUGUUACUAAUGAAACAACAGAACCAACAGCUUCAAUUGAUAGUUCAAAUUCAAGUACAGAUAUAGCUUAUGAUCCGAAUGACUGCAAUAAUAACAACGAGAACGUGUCAUUAUCUGAUUGUAGUCCUCAAGCUCAAAAAAAAAAUAAACGAAAACAAAGUUCAAAUGAAGAAGAACAGGAUGAUACAUUGAUGAACAAUGCUCCACAAGAAAAUGUUGAAUCUUCCAAAAGUCGUCGUGCUCUUGCUAAUAGGACAAACUCAACUGUUGUACCACGAAAAACAAAACGUCAACGACGAACUUGA